UUUACAAAACCCCAAGUUCUUCUUCCCCUUCAACAAUGGACAAUAGUUGACCAAUUUCAACCGGCUUCAGAUUCAUAGCCUCCAUCGUUCUUCCCUUCAACCUUCGAUCCCCAUUUCCAUAAAUCCGCUUUAACUUUUGAAUCCAAGAUUCAGCUAAAUCAGCUGUGUUCGACCAAUCUUCCAUCUGUGAUUUUCUUAUUUUCGAGUUUCUAAUCUUCUAUUUCAGUCAGGGUAUCGUCGAUUUGAUCCAGAAUGGGCGUGUGCUCAAGCAAAGGCAAAUACAAACCGCAGUAUGAUCGUUACGAGCACCAACCAAAAGGCCCAGCUCAACACUCCCAUCAGUCGCCGGAGAGUCACCACUCGGCGGCGGCGAAGUCAACCGGUCCUCCCAGAAGCCCCCUACCCACCGUCCUCAGGUCUGAUUCGAUUCUUGGGAAGCCAUUAGAGGAUGUUAAGCUGCAUUACACCAUUGGGAAAGAAUUAGGGAGAGGGCAAUUUGGGGUUACUUAUCUCUGCACUGAGAAUUCCUCUGGUAAGCAAUAUGCUUGCAAAUCCAUUUCCAAAAGGAAGCUUGUGACUAGAAAUGAUAAGGAUGAUAUUAGAAGAGAGAUUCACAUUAUGCAGCAUUUGAGUGGGCAACCUAACAUAGUUGAGUUCAAGGGAGCUUAUGAAGACAAGCAAUCGGUUCAUUUGAUCAUGGAGCUUUGCGCUGGCGGCGAGCUUUUUGAUAGAAUUAUUGCAAAGGGUCAUUAUAGUGAGAAAGCAGCUGCCUCAAUCUGCAGGUCUAUUGUUAAUGUGGUUCAUAUCUGCCAUUUCAUGGGGGUGAUGCAUAGGGAUCUCAAGCCUGAGAACUUUCUGCUUGCUAGCAAGGAGGAAGAUGCUAUGCUCAAAGCAACAGAUUUUGGAUUGUCUGUUUUUAUUGAAGAGGGAAAGGUGUACAGAGACAUAGUGGGGAGUGCUUAUUAUGUUGCCCCUGAAGUACUACGUCGUAAAUAUGGGAAAGAAAUCGAUAUUUGGAGUGCUGGAGUUAUGUUGUACAUAUUACUCAGUGGUGUACCUCCAUUUUGGGCAGAAACUGAGAAGGGCAUAUUUGAUGCAAUAUUGCAAGGACAUAUCGACUUUGAAACUGAUCCAUGGCCAAAAAUUUCGAACAGUGCCAAGGACCUGGUGAAGAAAAUGUUAACUCAGGAUCCAGCACAACGGAUUACGUCGGCACAGGUUCUCGACCAUCCAUGGAUGAGAGAAGGUGGAGAUGCAUCGGAUAAGCCAAUCGACAGUGCAGUAUUUACAAGACUCAAGCAAUUUAGAGCAAUGAACAAACUGAAGAAGCUUGCCCUGAAGGUUAUAGCUGAAAAUCUUUCUGAGGAAGAGAUCCAAGGCCUGAAAACAACGUUCACGAACUUGGACACGGACAACAGCGGAACCAUCACUUAUGCAGAAUUGAAGUCUGGACUGGCCCGGCUUGGCUCAACGCUAAGUGAGGCUGAGGUCAAACAACUUAUGGAAGCGGCUGAUGUGGAUGGAAAUGGUUCGAUCGAUUACAUCGAAUUCAUCACUGCUACGAUGCAUCGAUACAAGCUAGAAAAAGAAGAGCAUCUUUACAAGGCGUUUCAGCAUUUUGACAAGGAUAACAGUGGUUAUAUCACAAGAGAUGAACUGAAAGCUGCAAUGAAAGAUUACGGAAUGGGCGACGAAGAGACUAUUAGAGAGAUUAUUUCCGAAGUCGAUGCAGACAACGAUGGAAGAAUCAACUACGAUGAGUUCUGUACAAUGAUGAGAACUGGAACCCAACAAGGCAAACUCUUUUAACAUGUCGAAGGAUACCGAAGAUCGUCGAAGGGAUCGUCUAAAGCUUGGCCAUCAGCAGCAAAAUGUCUGAGACAACAGCUAAAACAUUGGUUUCGGGUUUUAAUGUGAUAUUUUUGCAUAGCAAUUGAAUUGUUGUUUAUAUCUUUGUGUAAAAUUUGUUGGCCUGUGUAAGCCAUGCUGGAUUAAUUUGUAUUUGCCUAAAUGUACUUGUUUACUUGAGUAUUAAUUGUCCACUUGAUAUUUGCUUA